AUGUCCGAAGAGAUCACCUUGGACGAGAUACUCGCCUAUGACCUCGCCAACCGGCACUUCUCUGGUUCCUACUCGUUUUGGAGUAAGGCACGCAAGCUGUCUUUUAUGAUCAUGAACCCUGGGGAACUGGAGAACGAGCUAGUCGGCGUGGAUUUCAUAUGUGACGGCGACGGCACGAUCAGCUCGAGAGACUCUGUAUCGUAG